AUGAAUAAUGCCGCAGAAAAAUUAAGUGAUAUUUUUAAUGCUCCACUUACUGAACUUGAAUCAAAUAUUAUUACAAGCGCUAUAAAAUAUAUUUCUCAACCUUAACGUUUGCUUGAUGUAUAUCAUUUUCAUAAAUUGCAAUUAGGAUUUAACAUAAUCAAUUGCUGAUUUUAAAGCCAAAUUUUAUGAAUCAUUACACAAUUUAUUAUAAUUCUUUGGAUAGUUCAAUAAAGAUUUAGAUAUAAUUAAAGCUACUUAAUAAAUAGAAAUUCAUCUUACCAAAUAUAAAUAAUAAUAAAUAUUUAUACAAAUGAAGAAUAUUUUAAAUCUUAAAUUAAAGGCACUCCUUGAAACAUUUUGUGUAGAUAAUAAUUAAAAAUUAGAAGUAUUUUAUCUAAAUUGCUAUUUAAGGUAUCAAACUAAAUCAAAUCAUUAAAAGAUUCUUUAAUGAAAAUUGAAUCAACCUUACUUCAAUAAAAAUAAAUAUUAUCUCCUUCUUAAUAAUAUUUUAUUACUCCACACCCUAAGAAAGGUUUUAUUCAAACAUCAUCCAAAAAUACUUUAACUCCAAAUUUAAGUGAUGAAGCUGAAAUGAGAGGAAAAGGUGUUUUCAUAACACCAGAAAAUAGAUAAUAACAACCAAGAUAAUUUGAACAUUCUCAUUAAUAAUAUUCUUCAACUGAUAGUUAUUCUGUAGUAUAGAAUAAAACAUUAAAUUCAUUUGAUAAAGAAAAAUCAGAAAAUAAAACAGAUUUAUUAAGUCCUAUGUUUGGAUUCUAAGAAUAAAAUUAAUAAUCAACUUAAUUUUUUCAAGAUGGCAUUAUAAAUAAGCUCAUCUAUUAAAAUUAUUUAGAAUAAAAUAUUGUUGAUAUUUAAGUAGAUAAUCAUUAAUAACAAUAAACUACUAAAAUUCUUCAAUAAUUCCAAUAAACCUUUUAAAAAAUAGAUUCAUUAUAAACUACAAGAACAGAAUAAUUAGAUAAUCCUUUAGAAAGUGAAAACUAAUAAAAAAUUAGGAAUCAAUCAGUUGAGCCAAAUAUAAGAGAAAAUUCAUAAUCACCAAAUGGAAAGAGAUUAAUUCAAACUUCAAAUUCUAAAGAAUCUUUUUCAAGAUGUAAAUCAACUUUAGAUACAACAAAUCUUCUUUAAAGAUUAAAUUAAGUUGAAGUACCUAAAAAAAUCAAUAAAAUGAGUAAAUCAAAUAAAGAAAAUUAAUCACAAUAAAACUCAAAAUAAUUGAAAUCAAAUAAACCUUUAAGUUUCUAAAAACAAAAAGGGCUUUUAAUUACUAGUAAAACAUAAUCAUAGCAACAUUUAAUAAAGAAAUCAAAAUCAAACUGA